AUGGCCACCUCCCGCUCGGUCGCCAGGCUGGUCGCCUACCGCCGGACCCCCUUCCUGCCUAUGGGUUCGACCGCAAACUUCUCCUCCUCGCAACCCCAGCGGGCCCCCCCUCAGCCCGGCUUCCGUCUGCCCCCGCCUAAGCGCUGGGAUCAGGGCUCCGAGUCUUCCCUCGACAAGGCCAGCAAGUACUUCCUCAUGGCAGAGAUCUUUCGUGGCAUGUACGUGGUGCUGGAGCAGUUUUUCCGCCCACCUUACACCAUCUUCUAUCCCUUCGAGAAGGGCCCCAUCUCCCCCCGUUUCCGCGGUGAGCACGCUCUGCGUCGCUACCCUACUGGUGAGGAGCGCUGCAUUGCUUGCAAGCUCUGCGAGGCCAUCUGCCCGGCCCAGGCCAUUACCAUCGAGGCGGAAGAGCGUGAGGACGGAAGCCGCCGGACGACCCGUUACGAUAUCGACAUGACCAAGUGCAUCUACUGUGGCUACUGCCAAGAGAGCUGCCCCGUGGACGCCAUUGUGGAGAGUAAGUCUUGGGAACCCACUGGAAAAGCUACAAAGCAUUAUCUAACUGGAUUGUGUUACGCCACUGAGACCCGUGAGGAGCUCCUGUACAACAAGGAGAAGCUCCUCGCCAACGGCGACAAGUGGGAGCCCGAGAUUGCGGCCGCUGCUCGCGCCGAUGCCCCUUACCGAUAA